AUGACCGGCCGGGGCCCUUUCAGGACGAACCUGGGGAUCGGCUGCAUUCCUAUUCGCAAGAGACCUAUCAAAACUCCCGGGGCGUGGUACCUGGUGUGGGGAGCGCUGCAGAAACAAAACAGCAGCAAACCAGAGCAGGCCUGGCCAGAGCAGAACCAAGACCUGGACGACGCAGCCAGAGGCAAGACGCCAGUGUCCGCUGUACGAUGCGUGCCAGUGUGCGCCAUUUGCGCUGUGCGCGCCGUGAGCAGAGGAGGACCGAUGCAAUAA